AUGUUAGGAUGGGGCGUUAUUGGAGUGAUCAACCAGUCAAUCGUAGACAGCCAGGAAAACAGCCAUUGCUCCUGCAACUGCAUAGUGUCGCGAGAAAUUGAAGACAGCUUCGUGAAGACUGUAAGUCACGUGGUAGCAAAGAUUUCAGUUAAGGAAUUGUUCAUACCGGCACAAGUUAACAAAAUGUUUGAGCCUGAUUUUAGCGAAGUCUCUAAGGAAAAAAAGAUGCUCUCGUUUCUUGACCGAAGAUUCUUGAACACUUUAGAGUCAAACGUCCAGCACUUGAGUAACGAUCACUAUGAAAUUCCAUUGCUACCGAAGGAAGAAGCAUUGAAGCCACCAAACAUCCGAAACUUGGCAUUACGCAGACUCCACAGACUCAAACACAGACUCAAGAGUGAUAGCAAAUACCACAGUCAUUACGAGACCUUCAUGAAAGACAUGAUCGACAAGGGACAGGCUGAGAAGGUGCCUGACAACGAACUCCAUUUAGAUAACGGUCAUGUUUGGUACAUCCCACACCAUGGAGUACACCAUCCGCAAAAGCCAGAUAAGAUCCGUGUUGUUUCGAUGCCAGUGCAGAGUUCAAUGGAGAAUCCCUAAACAUGCAUCUCUUGCAGCGUCUCGACUUGACCAACAAUUUAACUGUAGUCCUCUGUCGUUUUCGCAAGGAGACUGUUGCCUUCACCUGUGACGUAGAAGGAAUGUUCUACCAGGUGUAUGUCCAUCCUGAUUACCGAAACUUUCUAAGAUUCCUGUGGUGGGACAAUGGAACCAUGGAGAAUUAGCCAGUCAAGUUCAGAAUGAGAGUCCACCUUUUUGGUGCUGUAUAAUCCCCAGGGUGUGCGAACUUCGCACUGAAAAGAACUACAGACGACUUUGAGGAAGUAUUUGACAGAAAACCAGCAGAAUUCGUGAGGGAUGACUUCUACGUUGACGACGGACUCAAGUCAGUCACAUCAGCCACUAAAGCCUCAUCCCUAAUAAAGAGUACAAAGUGCUUGCUUGCUAAAGGCAAAUUCAACCUCCACAAAUUCAUAUCUAAUAGUAAGGACGUGAUUGAAGGCAUUCCCAAGGAACAGCGAGCAAGUGGUAUAAAGGAGCUGGAUCUUGCCAAGGAUGGUCUCCCCAUCGAAAGAGCCCUAGGAGUUCAGUGGUGCGUCCAAUCAGACGAACUCCAGUUCCGUGUAGAACUUAAGGACCUGCCCUUAACGAGAAGAGGGAUUUUCGCUUCCGUCAGUUCAGUCUAUGACCCUUUGGGAUUGCUAGCCCCUUUUUUGUUGCCAGGCAAACAAAUUCUGCAAGACCUCUGCAAGAACCAAACUGAUUAGGAUGAACCUAUACCUGACAUCUUUAGAACCAGGUGGGAAAAGUGGAGGGGUGAGUUGCACACUUUGGCCCAGCUGAAGAUUCUUCGCUGCUAUAAGCCCGAUGACUUUGGCAAACCUAAGUCCAUCGAACUACAUAGCUUCUCAGAUGCCAGCAUCAGUGGGUAUGGACAGUGCUCCUAUGUCAGAAUGGUGAACGAUCAACAGAAAGUGCACUGUUCCCUGGUAAUGGCCAAAUCAUGGGUCACACCACUGAAGCCCGUCACUGUGCCAAGGCUUGAGCUUACCGCCGCCGUGGUAUCGACGAACAUAAGUGCCUUCCUGCGGAAGGAAUUGAAGUAUGGUUGUGUCCCCAAGUGCUUUUGGACAGAAAGCAAAGUUGUCCUUGGAUACAUUUCCAACAAAGCAAGACGUUUCCACACGUUUGUUGCUAACAGAGUACAGGGGAUUCGUGAUCACACCUCCCCUGACGAAUGGCACUACAUUGACACCAAAGACAACCCAGCGGACGAUGCAUUCAGAGGUUGAGGAGCUGGAGAACUGAUCAAAGCAACAGAUGGUGGAACGGACCAAACUUCUUGUGGAUUCCACAAUUAGAAAUACCAGCUUUGGAACCUCAGAUUUCCCCGGAAGAUCCUGAAGUUAAGAAAGCGACAGUCCUGGCAACCAAGUCCAUAGAGCACUUAUCUCUACUUGAACGUAUUGCAUAUUUUUCCAACUGGUAUCGCACUAAAAGGGCAAUUGCAAUUUGCCAGCUGUUCAGUGAAAGAAUGAACCUCCGUGCAAAGAAGCCUUCAGAUCCCCCCAUAAGAAACGACAUGGAUCCACCCCUUGAAGGCAUUAGAAGCGAGCAGCAAGAAAGAUCCUCAAAGUGCAUUACCAUGACAGUCAAGGAUCUCCAAAGAGCCGAGCUGCUGCUAAUAAAAGAAGUCCAAUGCCACGCCUUUCCAGAGGAGGUCAAGGCCUUAGAAACUCACAGGAAGGAACAACGAGGUGAGAUACAUCGG